UUACAAUCCUAAAUUUAUGCCCGGAUAAUAAUCAUUCUCUCCUCCCCUUCUCAUCCAAACUCUUAAUUUUGACAUUAAUAGGCUUUAACCGACACGUCGGUUACAACCCUAAUAAGUACUAUAUUUCUCAGUCCCAUUUGGACUCCUAAAUUCACAACAAUACAGUCUUCAUCAUACUUUCUUCGUUUUUGAACGCAAUGAGUGUGAGGAUCAAAAACUAUCAGUUGACUUGCAAGAGUCACAAACAGUACGAUGUGAUUUUCGAAGAUACCGAAAUCGAAACAAUCGUCACUCGUGAUCCCGCACAGGUUUGUUCCUGGAUCAACGAAACUGAAGAAACAAACCAAUGCCGUCUCCACCGCUUGAUCGUCGGAUUCGACAUCGAAUGGCGCCCGAAUUUCUACCCAGGCGCUGGUCAAAACCCCGUUGCAACACUCCAACUCUGCGUCGGAACAAGGUGUCUUAUCUACCAAAUUAUUCACGCACCUUCCAUCCCCUGGCGACUCCGUAACUUCCUCAACGACGACGAUUACAGAUUCGUUGGCGUCGGUAUUGAGAAUGACGCGAAGAAGUUGUUGAAUGAUUACGGAAUUGAACUUUCGGAAAAGGUUGAUCUCCGGGAGUGGGCGGCGGAGGAGCUUGAUAAUGACAAUCUUCGGAGUGCUGGGCUUAGAGAUCUGGUGAGGGAAGUUGUUGGAACACAGAUUUACAAGCCAAAGAGUGUUACUUUGAGUGCUUGGGAUGAGCGUUGGCUUAGCCUUGAUCAGAUAUGUUAUGCUUGUCUUGAUGCUUAUCUUUCUUUUGAAGUUGGCAGACUCUUGGAUUCUUGGUAUUAAUUAGAAUAUAUAUCAUGUUUAUAUUACUAGAUAGUAUGGUGUAGCAAUAUAAUCGUAGAUUGUUGAUGUAUGCGUUUCGUUGUAGUACUAUGUAUGUUGAUAAGCUACCGCUAUUUGGUUAUAUCAUCGCAAAUUAUUGAUGUGUGUAUUUUGUUGUAGUUGAUGUUCCUUUUAUUAAGGCAAAAUGAAUUCCA